GACUGCCAGCCCCUCCCUCCUCGGCUCUCUCCAUGGAUGUAAUCUCCGACUUGACAACAGGUAUUUGUGAGGUCCCAGACAAAGUAAUCCGUCCAGACCUAAGACAGCUUUUGGCAGGAGAGUCAGAGCAGAGCUGCAGCGCGGAGUCUCUAGAAAUCCCUGUAGAAGCAUCUGCAGACAUGGGUCGUCAAGAGGCCGACUGUGUGUGGAAGAAGAACACUGAGAACAUCCAGGAGGUUUUUGACUUCAUGGAGGAGUUGGGAUCAGGGGCGUUCUCAGAGGUUUACAUGGUGAAGGAGAAGAAGACAGGAAAGAUGUUUGCUAUGAAGUGUGUGAAGAAGAAACAGAAGAAGGACCUCAACCUGGAGAAUGAGAUAGCCGUGCUGAGAAGGAUCAAACACGAGAAUGUUGUCGGGAUGGAGGAUUUCUAUGAAAGUCGGACCCAUUACUACCUUGUCAUGCAGCUGUGAGCUGGUGAGCUCUUUGACCGUAUACUGGACCGGGGGGUGUACUCAGAGAAGGAUGCCAGCAGGGUGAUCCAGCAGGUGCUGCAGGCUGUCAGCUACCUGCACCAAAACGGCAUAGUGCAUCGGGAUCUCAAGCCAGAGAACAUCCUGUACUACAGCCAGGACGAAAACUCCAAGAUCAUGAUCAGUGACUUUGGCCUUUCAAAGAUGGUAGACAACGGCAUCAUGUCGACAGCCUGUGGCACUCCAGGAUAUGUCGCUCCUGAAGUUUUGGCACAGAAGCCAUACAGUAAGGCAGUGGACUGCUGGUCUAUCGGUGUUAUCACCUACAUCUUACUCUGUGGAUAUCCCCCUUUUUAUGAAGAGAGCGAGACACGACUCUUCUCUAAGAUCAUGAAGGCGCAGUAUGAGUUCGACUCACCUUUCUGGGAUGACAUAUCUGAAUCUGCUAAAGAUUUCAUCCGUAACAUGAUGCAGAAGAAUCCCAACAUGCGGUACACCACUGACCUAGCACUCAGACAUCCCUGGAUUAUCGGAAAGACGGCUCGGAGCCAGGACAUCUACUAUUCUGUCAGCGUUCAGAUCCAAAAGAACUUUGCCAAGUCUAAGUGGAAGCAAGCCAUCAACGCUGCUGUAGCCAUCAACCACAUGAAGAAGCUGCAGCUGGCCCACUCACGGCUGGUCCUGAGACAAAGCAGUAUCCCAGACAUCAAAGUGAUCGACCUUUCCUCCCCAACAAAAAACCGCAAACGUCUUGAUCCAGACAGGGUCGACCCCAAGGCGGCAGAGGUCAGUGGGAACGCACAUGGGACAAAUCACAUGUCCCUGCCCACGAGCCAUGUUGAACUGAAGAGCCAUUACCACCCACUGAAAGCAAGUCAGAGCCAGUGCGGCGCACACCACGCGCCCACUAUAGCUGAGCAGGGCAAGCAUGUCUACCACUCAGAGCCUGCCAACCUUAAUGGGUUUGGAAAAAACCACAAUGGCAAGACUGUGCAGACUGGAGUUUGCUCAGUCAUGUGAAGGCUGCAUGAAGUUUACAUGGAGAAAAGCAUUUUACUUGGUCAGUGUUGCUGUGCUGACUCAGCAUGCAGCUGUUUUGUGUCAGCAGCUCCCCUGGUACUGAGGAUGAGAGGUGGUUGAUCCUCUGACAGAACCAAAUAGGUCUGCGAGGUCCACUGUGUCUGUGGGACAUUUUAUUUUGGAAAGAGUGCCUAUGAAGCUUCCCGACAACCACAUAGAAGCACACGACCAUACACACCAUCACACUCACACAUUCAGAUGCACAAGACUCACUUUGAUUGAGACACACAGGGUAGACUUACACAUGAUCUUUCAGACAGUAUUCAAAGGAUUCUCUCUCAUAAAAGGGAAUGUGAUGGGCUCACCUGCUGCUGGGCUCCACUUGAAUGUUCAUCCCAUUUGUGGUGAAGCUGUCCCUAACCUCUGAUGUCAUGAAAGCUUUAUAUCACAGUUCCUGACUUUGAUCAGGUAGAGUUUAAUUUCAUCAGAGCACUUAGUGUGCAGGUUUAUAUACCUGUGGUCAUUAAAUGAAAAAUUCACAAUGCAAUACAACAAAUUAUUGUACUACAUCAUGUGCAAAGCAUUUUCCUAUAGCCAGCCUGCAUUUGUAAGCACAGUAGAAUAUAUAGAAAAACUGCAUGCUUACUGCUUCAGAUACCAGCCAUACUGGUGAAAUGUAUUCUUGUAAAAUUGCUGUUUUAUUUUUUCUAAUGUACUUGCUUUCUUUUUUAAAAAAAACAAACAAAAAACAGUAAAGAUAAAAAAAGAGCUAUACAGAAAUAAGUUAAUAAAAAUCAUAUGUUCAAACUGACAACAGUGUAAAUGCCACAAGUAUACCCCUAACUUGCCAACUCAUAGCUCUGACAUGUCAAGAGCCUGCUAGAAUAUAAUACGCCAUUUAUAUUCACUGUAAUAGAUGUUUCUUCACUUACUGUAUGUGGUUCAUUCUGGGCAGUCUGCUUUUUGUCUCUACAGCUGUAUGUGGCUUUGUAUUGGUGCAUUGAACAGAUAUUGAUUCCUGUAUGCUCACAAAUAAAGUCUGUGCAGGAUCUGCAUUUCUUUUCAUGCUA